AUGGCAUUCACACGAAGAGGACGCUUUGUGGACACUUAUACUUCAAAACGGCAACAAUAUGAUUGGAAUCCAAUAUCUGGGUAUAAAGAUCGGGAUGUUAAGUCAUUAGAAGAAGCUGUAGAAAGCAUCGUUCCAUUUGUCGGCAACGUCAUGGGGUAUGCAGCGGAAGCUAAACAAAAAUGCACAAAAAAUACUCAGUUGACAAUAAAUGAAUCGGCGGCAAUCUAUCUUUACACAAUGGAUACACUUUUCUAUGAGAAACUCAACGAAGCUCUUCGAUAUGAAAAUCCACCCGCGCUGAAACCAUGGUUCGACUUUUUGAAAUUGUUUUUCAUUGCUCUUGCGAAAUUACCUUCUCGUUCAACUACAGUGUGGCGAGGCGUUGCGAACAUUAUUGGCUCCAACUUUGGUAAAGAUCAUAUAUUCACUUGGUGGAAUGUGACUUCAUGUUCGUCGAGUGCUAGACUUGCUGGAAUUUUUGCAAGUCAGCAGGGUACUCUGUUUUGUAUUAAUACUAGUUACGGCAAAGAUAUUGCUGAGUACUCAUGGAACAAAGGCGAAGAAGAAAUCAUUCUUAUGCCUGGAACUCGCUUGUGCGUCAAAGACACAACGUUUGAUGUUAAUGGUUUCUCCGUCGUUCAUUUGAAAGAAUGCACUUCGAUUCCUGAAGGAAAACAUGUCAUGAUAUCCUAUGAUUCGAAUAAUCACGAAACUGUAUCCAAAAUUUAUCAUUAUCUACAACUCGUACAUAUACCACUUUGGCUCAAUGAACAAAAAGAAACGACCAAUGAUCUAAAGAAAAGUUUGGCUGAAGGAGUAGAAAAUGCUGCAGUCGUUUGUUGUUUCAUGACUUCGGAUUAUGAAACAUCUUACUUCUGCCAACUUGAAUUGCAGUAUGCACAGAAGCGGCAAAAACGAAUCAUCCCAUGUAUGCUCACUGAUCUAAAAGUAUGGAAACCUUCGAAUUGGUUAGAGCCAAUAACUAAGCACCUCGCACCGAUCGACUUUCGCAACGUCUCUGAACCAUCAGCCAUGCAAAGAAAGGUGUGGGAACUUAUUGAUCGAAUAGAAGAUCAAUCUCCAACACCUCAAGAUAUACCGCCACAAGUAGUUAACCGACCAAGCUAUCUAUUUCAACUGAUUAAGUAUGAAUAUAUACGAAAUAGUCGUAUUGAACGUUUCAUGAAUCCAGCCAAAUCAUUUCCGAUCGAUCAAAGUUACAUCAAUUUGGCCAUAGUAGAAACUAAAGAUCAGCAAGAAAAAGAAAAGAAGCUUCGUGAUUCUCAGCACAACGAUGCGAUUAUAGAAGCAUUUGAAAACAUUCAUGGUAUCAAGACUCCAAUAGAUAUUGAAAACAUUUUCAAAACAUGCAAGAAUCAAACAAGGAAUGUCCUCGUAUUCGGCCGAGCUGGUAUUGGAAAAUCAACAUUUUGUCAAUACAUCGCCUAUCAAUGGGCAACUGGUAUGAUUUGGCAGGAAUAUGAACUGAUUGCUUUGAUUCCAUUGCGUUCAUUGACAGCAGAUCACUAUCCUAUAUUACCAGCUGGCAGUAACUAUUCUCUAAUUGACGUUUUGAGAAAAGAGUGCUUUUCUUUCGAUCUAUAUUUAUCAGAAAAAGAUGAAAAACAAUUGCAAGAACAGUUUUACAACAGUCGCAUUCUUUGGCUUUUAGAUGGGUAUGAUGAAAUCGUACAAAAUGUACCUGCACAUCUCAGAAGUUUAUUGAAUGAUCAAUUACUCAAGACCCCACAUCAUAUCAUAACAUCUCGUCCAUACAUGAAUACUUUAUCGUAUUCUGUACAAUUAGAAAUUACAGGCUUCACAGAUGAAAUAUUUCCAAGUAUGUCAAACAGUUCUUCGAUCAAAUUGGAAAUGAAGCACAGAAUUCAUCCGCUGACGAUGAAAAAAUCUUAA